UUAAUCAAUAGGCAUUGAACUGAUUUAUCAGGAUCUGAAUUUGUAUAAAUACUGAGAGUUUUAGCUACACGAUACAAGUACCUCUUCUAAAUUCAAAAAGCGAAGAUGUACAAGUUCUUGGCACUUACGGCUCUACUGGCGGUGGCUUCGGCCGACCCCAUCGUUCUCCUUAAGCAGGCUCACCCCCUGAGCCCCAGCGGACGUAUCGUCGGUGGCGCCCCCACUACCAUCCAAGAGGUACCAUACCAGGUAGUGAUCCGCGUCUUUGGAUCAGCCAUAUGCGGUGGCAGCAUCAUCUCCGAUAACUGGGUCGUGACUGCAGCUCACUGUAACGAUUACCCAACCAGCUGGUACACCAUCCGCGCUGGUUCCACCUUAUCCAACAGCGGCGGCAGCAUCCACUCUCUCGCGGCCAUCAUCAACCACGCCAAUUACCACAGCACCGCAGAAGGAAUUCCAGUUAACGACGUCGGUCUGUACCGUCUCGCCUCCAGACUCACCCUUGACUCCACCCGUCAGCCAAUCCCACUUUUCAACUCUGGCGAGAGCGCAUCGGUCGGUGCCAUGGCCGUCAUCACCGGAUGGGGUACCCUCACUCAGGGUGGCAGCACCCCCACUGUUCUUCAGACCGUCAGCGUCCCCAUCGUCUCCAAAAGCUCCUGCAACAGUGCCUACAGUAUGUGGGGCGGUCUUCCCGCUGGUCAAAUCUGCGCUGCAUACCCUGAGGGUGGCAAGGACGCUUGCCAGGGUGACUCUGGCGGCCCACUUGCCAUCAAUGGCCGUCUUGCUGGUAUUGUCUCAUGGGGUAAUGGAUGCGCCCGCCCUGGAUUCCCUGGUGCCUACACUGAGGUUGCUGCCUUCCGUGACUGGAUUAUGACCAACUCUGGUGUAUAAACAUCUUCGCUUUUUUUAGGCGCGACCGCAUGGACCAUGCGGAAGUGUCUUGUUUGAUUGAACAUCACUUGAAUGAUUAUAACGACAGUGUACCCAUAAUCUGAUUGUAACUGUGCAUCCACUGUUGGAUAAACUGUUUAAUUAGAUUUUUCCAAAUAUAACUACAUAAUAAAAUACGUAAA